AUGGAAAGUCGGUACUACGAUAUCGAUGCUGCCCAGACAGGAACAUGCGGGUGGCUAUCCCAGCACGAAAUGUAUAGAGAGUGGGUUGAGAGAAAUCGAGGUCUGCUUUGGAUCAAGGGGAAACCAGGCUCUGGAAAGUCGACUUUGUUACGGCAUGCUCUGGAUGACGCAAAGAAAAAACGCAAUGUGAAAGAGAAUCCCUUGAUUCUCUCAUUCUUCUUCCACGGCCGUGGUACAGAACUGCAAAGGACGCCAGAAGGCUUUUAUAGGUCGCUCCUUCACCAGCUCAGCAAGACUCCUGACGCAGUGUCAGAUGUAGUCAGCACUUUCAAAGAGAAGUGCGAGACUUUUGGUGAGGUAGGCAAAGCGUGGCAAUGGCAUCCCAAGCAGUUGCGCGAAUUGUUCGAUUCCGCAAUUCUAGAAGCACUAAAGCUUCGGCCUAUCUGUUUAUUUGUCGACGCUUUAGAUGAAUGUGGUGAAAAGGAUGCGACGAUGCUAGCCCAAAGAUUCAAGGACUUACUGGACAGUCUCCGGUCCACCGCCUACAAUUCGUUUCACAUCUGCUUCACAUGUCGUCCAUACCCUAUUGUGGCCUUGGACAGUGCGUUUGAGAUAUGUGUGGAGGAGGGAAACGGGACGGACAUAUCCAAUUUCGUGGGACAUCAGCUUUCAGAGCUAAAACCAACGAUAUUACCAAGGAUUCGGAACUUGAUCACCGAACGCGCCAAUGGCGUAUUCCUAUGGGCUUCACUGAUAGUGAAGCAGAUUGUAAGUCUCAAUCUGAAAGCUACGAAAUUAGAAAAAAUGGAAGACGCCAUUCUUCGGAUUCCCCAAGAGCUCGACGACUUGUACCGCCAGCUUAUCGAAGAAAUGGGGUCGGACUCUGUGAUGCUCAUCCAAUGCAUCUGCGUUGCCAUGCGGCCAUUGUCAAUAGCCGACUGGCAAUGGGCUAUGGUUAUUAAGACUGAUUGUCCAUAUUCGUCGUUACAGGAAUGUCAAAACUCCCCAGAUUACAAGCCAGAUGAUGAGAGCAUAAAGAAAGAAAUUCAGAUACUCAGCCACGGUCUUAUUGAGGUCACAUCGAAUAAAACUAUUCAGUUCAUUCACCAGACUGUCAAGGAUUUCUUUGUCGAGAAGGGUCUAUGGCUGCUCAAACCGCUUGGCAGCGUGCCCGACGGGAUAUCCGAAUCCGAUUUUGCCGUCGGAAUGGCACAUCACGAACUGUCUAGAAUCUGCGUACGCUUCCUGAAAAUGGUGCCGAAUACCCAGAUCUUUCUCAAGUCAGCUGUAAGGACGCAUGAUAUUCCUCUGUCAAUAUAUGCUACGAUAGAGUGGGUGCCACACGUACAACAAAGCGAGCAGAGGGGGAUUCUUCAAGAUACUGUCCUUCAGGAUAAUCUCCUCGACUGUUUUCCUUGGCUGAUGGAAACAGUUCCUAGCCCGUUUAUGCGGUUUUAUUGCACAGCAUUUGAUCGCCUGUUUCAGUACAGUCAUCCAAUGUCAUACUUAUCCCACGUUGCGUCAGAAUUUGGCCUCACAGGGCUAUUACAAGCAAUGCUCCGCAGAAGUAAGAGUGUAAUUGAUGAAAAGGAUACGCGUGGCCGAACGCCGCUCAUGUACGCUGCAGAGAAUGAACACGAAGCUACGGCUAGGCUUCUGCUUGGGUAUGGCGCUGAUAUCGAGGCGAAUGACGAGGAGGGCCAGACACCGCUAUUCUUUGCCGCUGUGAGUGGACAUGAGGGCAUCGUACAGCUGCUGCUUGAGCGCGGCGCUGAUGUCGACGGGCUGGGGGAGCGCAGGGCACAUGGAAACAAUAAGAAACAUUAUGAAGGCAAAACGCCACUCAUGUGCGCUGCAGAGAAGGGACACGAAGCUACGGCUAGGUUUCUGCUUGGGUAUGGCGCUGAUAUCGAGGCGAAUGACGAGAACGGCCAGACACCGCUAUUCUAUGCUACUACGAGUGAAUAUGUGGAUAUUGUACAGCUGCUGCUUGAGCAUGGAGCUGAUAGUAAUACGAAGGAUAAGGUAGGUCGGACACCGCUAUUCUAUGCCGCUAAGACUAUACGUGGGGAUAUCGUACAGCUGCUGCUUCGGUAUGGCGCCGAUAUUGAUGCGGAGGAUGAUACUGGUAUGACGCCACUAUGGAUUGCCUACGAUAACGAAAAAGCGGACAUCGAGCGCCUGCUAUUUGAACAUGAGGCAGCUGAAAAUGGGGAAUAUGAUGAUAUCUAA